AUGGCACCCCCAGACAUCCCCCCAGAGUACGUCUACUACGUUAAAGCUGGGAAGAAGCAUCAUGAUCUCUUUACCACCAUAUACGCUGGCGAAAACUAUUGUGGCCGUUGCGGCUUAGCCAACCCCUUUCAAUCCCAACGCCGGGCCAGGUCCAGAACUCCAGCCCUUCCUGGCCCGUAUGAUGAGGUGGUUGAGGUGGAUGACUCUCCGCCACACCCAGUCAGCCCGGCAAGUCAGCUUAUGCGCGACAAACCAAAGCCAGUGUCAUCUGCCGCUAUUGGGUAUGCACAACUACUCCCCAACGCAGUGUCUGUCCCCAAUGGGGUGACUGCGAAUACACGGGCACGCCAACAUCCUUUCAAGCCGUCAAGCGGCCCUCCCCAUCCGCAGUUCAUGGCGAUUGCCUCGGCGGCUAGUCAAGCCAUUCAGAACACUAAAAGCAGCACCAGAAAGCCUACGAGGCAGCGUACUGGCUACCAAUGGGUCCACAUCAGUCUCCUACUCAUGAGCUUGGAGACAAGGUACUUCAAUGGUCUUGCGGUAGAGGUCCCAGAGACAGUGCUGCCUCUAAAAGAUACGGUGAUCAAGUUCAGCUUGGCAGACCUCCUUACCUGGCCCUCGUUCACUCAUACCUUAUUCGAACACCUACAUCCGCUCCCGAGCACCGUAGACCCCACUAACCAAGAGCUUUGGAAGCUUUCUUACGCUUCGUCUUUCUCUGGAAAGAAAAUCGUCACCGUUCCCAAUACCGAUAAGUUCACGACGCCCUCAAGCAUGCUCACUUCUGGGCACUUUUCGAACAACCAAGCGGGCCAGUUAAAGGUGCUCGUCGUUCUGACAUCGACAGACGUGGGUGACAAGCAGGAGCCAAUCACACCGCUAAGGACGGACGAAUACUCAACACAGGCCAAGGACGGCAAGAAACGGAAGGUCAAACAGGAGGAUUCGAGCCCAGCUCCUGGGCUCAAGAAACGUAUCAAGCAAGAGAGGCAGAUCAAA